AUGCACGAAAAUGAAAAUGCACGAAAAUCCAGCUCCCACUUCACACCGCGUAACUCGAAACCAAAGUGGGACGAUAGAGGCCUCGGUAAUACCUGUAGGUUUGAAAACGGCAAGAUGUUCUUUGGUGGGGAUCCCUUUGAUCAAUUUCAGAAUGGAGGUAUGGAUGGUGGACCUGGAGGUUCUUCUUCCAAUGCCGACACGACAAAACUAUAUGAAACUCUAGGGGUGAACAAAUCAGCCGAUGCCAAGGAAAUCAAAAAGGCGUAUCGAAAAUUGGCCGUCGUACAUCAUCCAGACAAGGGUGGGGACGAACACAAAUUCAAAGAAAUCAAUGCGGCCUACGAAAUUUUGAGCGAUCCCGAACAGCGGGCCAAAUACGAUCGGUACGGUUUGGAAGGUUUGGAAGGAGGUGCUGGUGGAUCUGGAGGACAUGAAGACUUGUUUAGCAUGUUCUUCGGUGGUGGUCGAGGUGGACGUCGAUCAUCGGGACCCAAACGAGGAGAGGAUGUAAAUCAUCCGCUUCAGGUUUCCUUGGAGGAUUUGUACAAUGGAAAGAUGGUCAAGAUGGCAGUCAGUCGACAAGUCUUGGACGGGGAACCCAAAAUGUGCACCAAUUGCAGUGGAUCUGGCGCAGUAGUGGAACUGCGACAAAUUGCGAUAGGAAUGGUCCAACAAGUGCGACGCAAGUGUCCUGCUUGCACCGGGGAAGGAUACAUGGCUCCCAAAAAGCGACAACGGGAAGUUUUGGAAGUUUUGAUUGAGAAGGGAAUGAAAAAUGAAGCGAAAAUUGUUUUUCGGAACAAGGCCGAUGAGAAGCCCAACAUGGAGGCGGGACAUGUCAACUUUGUCAUUCAGCAAAAACCACAUCCACUAUUCAAGCGAAAGGGGGCAGACCUUUUAAUUACUAAGACUAUCUCGCUGAACGAAGCACUUUGUGGUUUUGAAUGGAGGAUUACCCAUUUGGACAAUCGGGAAAUUAUCAUCAAGUCGCGUUCGGGUGAAAUUAUCAAAGCAGAAAAGGACAACAAGACACCGUUUGUAAAGAUCGUACAGGGUGAAGGUAUGCCUUCCCAUGGGAAUCCGUUUGUCAAGGGUGAUCUAUAUGUGCUAUUCACGGUCGAAUUCCCGGAAGAUGGUGAUCUGAAACCAGACCAAAUAGACAUGUUGCGAAAGAUACUGCCUGGGGCCUCCAUGGCAAUUGAAUAUGAUCCUGAAGUGGCUGAGGUAGCACAUUUGGAACUAGGCGACGUGAAGAAUUUUGGCAAGGGGGGAGUAGCAAACCACGAUCGAGCAUAUGAUUCCGACGAAGGAGGAGAGGGCGGUUCACAGCAGGUGCAGUGCCAACAAUCCUAA